AUGGAUUCAUCCAAACAACUCUGGUCAUCGCAGCCGUUCAAGGCACUCUACACGGCAUACUUCCUCGUCAAAACACCCGCCCACCUUCUGCUACUUUCUGUCGCGUACAUCGCGAAGCCGCUCCGCCCCCAGCCGGCAUGGAGCGUCAAGGAGAACGUGCGCGCCGCCAUGGCGAGGAUGCUCUUCAGCUUCUGGUCCUCGAUACGGUCCCAGCGCCCCGUCUAUACCGCGCCUGAAAAGGCCAAGGAGAGACACGCCCGGGUCGAGCCGCCGCCCGCCGCCUUCUUCGCGGGCGCCCUGGCGGCGUCUGACCUCGUCAAGCCGGCGGCGGUCGAUGCGGUCUGGUUCCCGAGCCCGCCCCCGUCCGACUCGGCCGAGCUCGCGAAGCAGAAGGUCGUCUUACAUUUCCCCGGUGGCGCCUUCGUCCUCGCGUUCAGCCACGAGGCCUCGGGGAGACCCAUCGCCGACGCCUUGAGCAAGCACUUCAGGGCGGACAGGGUCGUUUGGGCCCAGUACCGCCUGUCCGGCACACCUGAGACCUGCUUCCCCGCCGCCGUGCAGGAUGCCGUGACCUUUUAUCACUCCAUCAUAUCGCUAGGAGUGGAUCCUGCAAACAUCAUCGUGUCGGGCGACUCGGCCGGAGGGAACGUCGCCGUCGCGCUCGCGCGGUAUCUUCAGGAGGUACAGACGAAGCUCCCGCUGCCGAGGGGCGUCGCCGUCUUUUCUCCGUGGAUCCAUGUGACGAAGGCUGCCGGGAAGGACUAUGACCAGGAAUCUAGCUCCAAAUCCGAUGUGCUGCACAGCUCGGUCUUGCAGUGGGGCGCCGACGUGUAUCGGCCGCAGGGGAAGCUUUCGCCAGAGACGGAGGCCUACAUCUCGCCGCUGCACCACCCGUUCGAACUUUCAGUCCCUCUGUAUGUGCAAGCUGGUUCGGCUGAGGGGAUGCACGACCAGAUCAAGAGCUUCUCUGAGGAAAUGGCCAGUGUCGGGGGGAAUCGAGUGCUGUUCCGCUCAACGCCUUUGGCGCCUCACAAUCUCCCCUUCUGCCAUGACCAGUUUGGCAAGACGAAGGAGUUGGAAGAGUCUCUCGAUGAGGCGGUUGAGUUUCUCGGGUCAGGUAACUAG